GGUAAAUUUUAUUCAAUACAACAAAAUUCAAUAUGCACUCCUGGCACACAAAGUCCUUGCAAGAAUACCAUUUGGUUAAGUUAAAUAUAAUUAGAAAACAUAGUAAUUGUUAGAAGAUAUAAUUAAAUUACUUAAGAACAUUAUGAGUCAAUAUAAUUUAACAUAUAUAAUUCCUCCGUAUCUUUUGAAUACAUGUCUUGGAUCAGAAUUACAUCGUAAACUUGCUCAACAAGAUGAACAAUUAAGUGUACUUAAUGUCAUCUCCACAGAUUCUCCACAUUAUUAUCAAGGUAAUAUUGAUAAUAAUAAUAAGGCCACUAGAUUUUCAGAUGAUCAUUAUUUGAAUGAAAUUAUUAAAGAAAAGACAUUUUAUAAAUUGGCUAUUAUAGGAGUAUUAGGAGAUAAUCCAAUGGAAUGUGAUAAUUCACAUUUAUAUGAAUUAUAUAAUACAUUUAAGAAUCGAUUAGUAGAAGAUGAACCAUCAAUAAAAUCUCAACCUAAUAAUCAACCAUUAGGUGAUCCAGCCACUGAUAAAUUAUCAGUAUAUUCAUCUCGAACAAUUGGAGAAAUUAAUUUUAGUAAUCUUGCAAAAUUUGAUAAUUAUCCAAAAGAUUAUAAGAAAUAUUUAGAAUAUCCACUUAAGGAUUUAAUUACAUUAGCAAAAGUUAAAGCUAAUCAUAAAUAUAAAGUUCCAACAAGUUUCUUAACAUUUGAAGAUUUUAAUUUUGAUUAUCCUUUACCAGUUUCUUGGGUUCCAUUAAUUCCUAAGAAACUUUUAACUGGAUUAGAGAAUUCUCUGAAUCUUAAUAUUAUUAAUAUUAAUGGAUAUUCAAAUAUUGAAUUAAAUGGUACAGCCAUUCCUCAACCAUCAAUUGAUGAUAAAUCUAAAUAUUUUAAUUUUAUUACUGAUAAACAUAUAGAACCAUCUACUGGAAUAUUUUAUUAUGAACUUGAAGUUGAACAAUCUGCUAAAGAAUCCAAUAAUUUUAAAACAAUAAUUGCAUUAAAUGAUCAAUCUAUGAGUUCAGAAUCUUCAUUAUAUAUUUGUGCUGGUUUCACAAAGAGAUUAAUUAAUUUAGAGAAUCCAAUUACUGCCAAUACAACUAGUGCAAUAAUUGAUCUUGAAAAAGUUAAAGAUGAUAUUUAUUAUAAAGAAAUUAUUGAAGAUCAACAAACAAUUGAAAGUUUAAUUAUAUCUAGACCUGGAGAACUUAAAGGUAGUUUUGCAGUUAAUUUUGAAGAUCUGACAUUUUAUAAUUCAGUUAAGGGAUCUGAAUCACUUCAAAGAUCAGCUAUAAUUAAUGGUAAUAGAAGAUUAACUCAAUUAACUAGAUCAAAUUUAGCUGAACUUGAUUCUGGUAGAGUUGAUAUUGGAGUACCAUUUAAAACCAAGAUUUUAAAGGAAAGUAAUAGAAGAAUUUAUAAAACUGAUACUAUGGGUUGUGGAAUUAAUUUUAUUGAUAAAUCAAUUUUUAUAACUCUUAAUGGAGUAUUAGCAAGAGUAAUUACUGAAGAUGAAUUAACUUCAAAUAAUUCAUUACUUGAUAAUUUAUUUUCUGAUAAAUCAAGUUCAGUAUAUCCAAUAAUUGGAUUUAAAAUUGAUGAUUCAGCUGAUGGAAAUGCUAAAAUUAAAACUAAUUUUGGAUUUAAAGAAUUUAAAUUUAAUAUAUCUAAUUAUGUUAAAAAUUUUAAACAAGAAAAUCAAAAAUAUUUAUAUUUAUCUUUAUUAGAUAAAGAAUCUAAUGAUCCAAUUGAAAAAUCACUUAAAGAAGAUUCUAAUAUGUUAAAUCAAUUAAUUAAAGGUUAUUUAAAUCAUGAAGGUUAUUUAGAAACUUUUAAAUCUUUUAAUAAUGAUCUUCAAAGUCUUUCACAAGAAGUUAAUAAAGUUAUAGAAAAUGAAGAUUUUAUUGAAUUAAAGAAUUCUCAUGCUGUUAAUAGACAAGUUAUUAAGAAUUAUUUAUUAAAUAAUGAUUUUGAAUUACUUUUAAAAUUUUUAUCAUUAAAUUAUCGAAAGAUUUUUACUUCUCCCAAGAAUAGUCAUAUUUUAUUUGAAAUUGAUAUAUUACAUUUUACUCAUUUACUUAAGAAUUAUAUUGAAAGAAAAUUAGGUCGUCGAUAUGAAUUUGAUUUUGAAUAUAAAGAAUCAGAAGAUGAUUUAUAUGAAAAGGCCUAUAGUUUCCGAACACAAUUACAAACAACUUAUAAAGAUUUAGAACGAGUUAAUGAAUUAUCUUCCGCAUUCUUAGUUAAGGAUGAAAAGGGGUUAUUAAAUUUACCAAAAGUUAAUUUAGCCUUUAAUAAUUAUUCAAAGAAUAUUUCUAAUUUAUUAUCAGAAAUUAAUAAGAUUAUAUUACAAUCAUUAGGAUUUUCAAAAACUUCAAAUUUAGAAGAUAUCUUUGAAAAUGUUAAUAAUAAUAUUCGAACAUUAUCUUUAAAUGAUGAUAAAUUUACUUUAGUUAAUUUCGAAAAGGAUCAUGUUGAUUUAUAGUUAGUAUAA